CUCCGUUAUCUCCUCCUCUUUCUCCUUUUCAAAAUAGAAGAAGAAUGAUGGUUUCAGGCCAAACUGUGUCUGUGACCGGCGCCGGAGGUUUCAUUGCUUCAUGGCUUAUCAAGCUUCUCCUAGAAAGAGGUUACUUUGUCAAGGGAACAGUUCGAGACCCAAAUGAUCCCAAGAACUCUCAUCUGAAGGACCUGCCAGGGGCUAAGGAGAGAUUAACUCUUUGUAAAGCUGACAUUCUUGAUUAUGAGAGCAUUCUCGAUGCAAUCAGAGGAAGUAGUGGAGUCUUCCACUUAGCCUGUCCCGUUGUCAAUGAUUCUAAACGAGUGUUGGAACCAGCAAUUAGAGGAACCAUGAAUGUGAUGAAUGCCGCAGCAGAAGCCGAAGUUCGACGUGUGGUUUUCACAUCUUCAGCAGCAGUGACUUACAUGGAACCCAAUAGGAAUCCCGACAAGGCCGUGGAUGAGACUUGCUGGAGCGAUCUCAAUUAUGUCAAGAGCAUUCCGGACUGGUAUUGUUAUGGGAAGAUGUUGGCAGAGCACACAGCGUGGGAGAUGGCAAGGAAGAGAGGGUUGGAUCUGGUGACUGUCAUCCCUCCCCUGACGAUCGGACCACUGCUUCAACCAAAUGUGAAUGCUAGUGUAGUUCAUGUUCUCAAGUUUCUGAAUGGGAGGAAUAAAGAGUAUGGAAAUGAAAUACAGGGUUAUGUUCAUGUAAGGGAUGUAGCCUUGGCUCAUCUUCUUGUUUAUGAGAACCCAUCUGCAUCAGGGAGGUACCUCUGCCUCGAGAGCGUGCUUCACCGAGCUGAGAUCGCUGCCAUGCUUCUUGACAUGUUCCCCUUCUACCCCAUCCCUACCAAGUGCUCCGAUGAAGUGAAUCCAAGAGUGAAACCAUACAAGUUCUCGAACCAGAAGCUCAGGGAUCUGGGCCUUGAGUUUACACCUGUGAAGGAAGGGCUGUACGAUACUGUGAUAAGCUUGCAAGAGAAAGGUCUACUCGCCUCAGCCCAACAACUCCCCUCACGUGUUUGAUCUUUCAAUCUUGUCUUGG